CUUUUGUAGUUUGUACUUUUUUCAAUAUUUGAAAUGUUUUACCAGUAUUUUGAUAACAAUUUCUGAUCUGGAAUGGGUUUUUACAGAGUUUAAUAAGCACAUCUGUCCAUGUCUUCAUCAUGUCAGGAUAAAUGUCUCAAUGUCCCCCAAAGCUCAUUCCCAAUGUUUCAUUAAAGCUCUUAAUUAAGGCAGGGCAGUCAUUUAUAGACUAUUGCGAUCCUUAUGGUCAGCUCCUUUUUAAAACUGGAGCCUGGGGCACAGACACAGAAUUACCAGUCGUUUUCAGGCCUCUGAAAGCUUUUAAAAAAGGAAUUCCUGGCUGUUGCCACCCUUCUGCUGGAGGGGAACAUCCCCCCGUGAGCUGCUUUAACUCUUAAUCCACUCCAGAGCAGAGUCAGCUAAAGGUUAAUUAAAUCACAGCGGAGGAAAUCAAUUAAUCUAAAUAUAACUUCCAGGUGAACAUUUGUGUAUCAUCCCUGCAGCACACCUGACAUUUAUAACUGCAGUUCUAGGGGCAGUUUUAGGUACAUUUACAUUUAAUUUACUUCUGCCAUGAGCACUACAGGAAAUAAAAGGAGGGGACAGCAAAGAAAAGGGAGAUAAUCAAUUAUUUCAAAGUACAGCUGCUCUUGCUCAGUAAAUAUUCCAUAGAAUCCCAGGUUGGUUUGGGAUGGAAGGGACCUUAAAGAUCACCUUGGUCUGGUUUUCCUUCUGUUUGAGGGAAAGAACUUGGGGACAUGCAGAGUCUUGUCACAGGUGGGAUAUUUCAGGUGUUACGUUGUGUUGAAAAGGAGCACAGCUUUUGUUUAAACACUUCAAAACAACUGUGUUUGUGAGAAAUAAUCAAGCAGGGGUUUAACACCUGGUGAGAGGAUUUAAGAAGAGCUCAAGUGUAGAGGGUGAUUUUGAAGCUAUGUGGACUUUCCUUCCCAAACUGACAAUUCUAGUCGUCAGCACAAACCAGAAACCACUGGCAAACAUGGCUAAUAUAGAAAUGAAUGAUUUCUAUACAUUUAAUUGUAAUAGCAAAUUCUAUACAAACCCCCCUGAGGCAGCCUUUUGAUCGAUCCUAUUUGACAGAUACAAUUGCAUGCAUUAAAUAUUGAGAUUUAUGAUUAAUAAAUAAUCAAUUUGUUUUCUGUCAUUCUGUGAAUAGAUUCCAUGACAUUCAUUAGGUUUUGCAAGGGAUCCUUGGGGAUUCCUCAGGAGUUUUCCCAUGUCCUGUGUGUAUUUCCCUUUUCCAGAGUACAUUGCCAUGUACACCUACGAGAGCUCGGAGCAGGGGGACCUCACUUUCCAACAAGGUGACCUGAUCCUGGUGACAAAGAAAGAUGGUGACUGGUGGACGGGCACGCUGGGUGAUAAAUCAGGAGUUUUCCCAUCUAAUUAUGUGAGACUCAAAGAUUCUGAGGCUCCAGGAGCAGCUGGAAAAACGGGAAGUUUAGGGAAGAAACCUGAAAUUGCCCAGGUUAUUGCCUCGUACACAGCAACGGGCCCAGAACAGCUGACUCUUGCUCCUGGCCAGUUGAUUCUCAUCAGAAAGAAGAACCCAGGUGGUUGGUGGGAAGGAGAGCUCCAAGCCCGCGGCAAGAAGCGCCAGAUCGGCUGGUUCCCGGCCAACUACGUGAAGCUGCUGAGCCCAGGCACCAGCAAGAGCACCCCCACCGAGCUGCCCAAGCCUGCAGCACCCUCGGUGUGCCAGGUGAUCGGCAUGUACGACUACAGCGCCCAAAACGACGACGAGCUGGCCUUCAACAAGGGCCAGAUCAUCAACGUGCUCAACAGGGAGGACCCCGACUGGUGGAAGGGGGAGGUCAACGGCCACGUGGGGCUCUUCCCAUCCAACUACGUCAAGCUGACCACGGACACGGACCCGAGCCAGCAGUGGUGUGCAGAUCUUCACCUGCUGGACAUGCUGACCCCCACCGAGAGGAAGAGGCAGGGCUACAUCCACGAGCUCAUUGUCACCGAGGAGAACUAYGUCAAUGACCUGCAGCUGGUGACCGAGAUCUUCCAGAAGCCACUGAUGGAAUCUGAGCUGGUCACAGAGAAAGAAGUUGCCAUGAUUUUUGUUAAUUGGAAGGAGCUGAUUAUGUGCAAUAUAAAACUACUGAAGGCCCUGCGCGUGCGCAAGAAGAUGUCUGGGGAGAAGAUGCCGGUGAAGAUGAUCGGGGACAUCCUGACGGCCCAGYUGCCCCACAUGCAGCCCUACAUCCGCUUCUGCAGCUGCCAGCUCAACGGGGCCGCCCUCAUCCAGCAGAAAACGGAUGAAGUGCCCGAGUUCAAGGAGUUUGUCAAGAGGUUAGCAAUGGAUCCUCGCUGUAAAGGAAUGCCACUCUCAAGUUUUCUACUAAAGCCUAUGCAACGGGUAACCAGAUACCCACUAAUCAUUAAAAAUAUAAUGGAGAACACCCCUGAGAGCCACCCCGACCACAGCCACCUGCGACAUGCGCUGGAGAAGGCAGAGGAGCUGUGCUCGCAGGUGAACGAGGGCGUGCGCGAGAAGGAGAACUCGGACAGGCUCGAGUGGAUCCAGGCCCACGUGCAGUGCGAGGGGCUCUCCGAGCAACUCGUUUUUAAUUCAGUUACAAACUGCUUGGGACCUCGCAAGUUCCUGCACAGCGGCAAGCUCUAUAAAGCCAAGAGUAACAAGGAGCUGUAUGGUUUUCUCUUCAACGACUUCCUCCUCCUCACUCARAUCAUAAAACCUCUUGGCUCUUCGGGCACAGACAAGGUCUUCAGCCCCAAGUCCAACCUGCAAUACAAAAUGUACAAAACUCCCAUCUUCCUAAAUGAGGUACUGGUAAAAUUACCCACAGACCCUUCUGGAGAUGAGCCCAUCUUCCACAUCUCCCACAUUGACAGAGUCUACACGCUCCGGGCCGAAAGCAUUAAUGAAAGGACUGCCUGGGUUCAGAAAAUCAAAGCUGCUUCAGAGCUUUACAUUGAGACUGAAAAGAAGAAGAGGGAGAAGGCCUACCUAGUUCGCUCUCAGAGAGCCACAGGCAUCGGGAGGCUGAUGGUGAACGUUGUGGAAGGCAUUGAGUUGAAGCCCUGCAGGUCCCAUGGAAAGAGUAACCCCUACUGCGAGGUGACCAUGGGCUCUCAGUGCCACAUCACCAAGACCAUCCARGACACCCUCAAUCCCAAGUGGAAUUCCAACUGCCAGUUCUUCAUCAAGGACCUGGAGCAGGACGUGCUGUGCAUCACGGUGUUCGAGCGGGACCAGUUCUCCCCCGAUGACUUUCUGGGCAGAACGGAGAUCCGCGUGGCAGACAUCAAGAARGAUCAGGGCUCCAAGGGACCAGUUACAAAGUGUCUCCUUCUGCACGAAGUCCCCACGGGAGAGAUCGUGGUGCGCCUGGACCUGCAGCUGUUUGACGAGCCUUAGGAGAGAGGGGCYGAUAUCAGAAUUGAGCCGAGUCCACUGCAGGAGGUGUCUGCAGCAGCUGUCACYGAGUCCUCGCUGGUGUGGCACAAACCUACUGCUCGCCCUUCACAYGUCAGAGGGUUAUCAAAGCAAACAGGAGUAUCUUUGUGCCUUGAUAAUUCUCAGUGAACACACGAGUCCCAAUUUAGUGAGGAGAUCUCCCUCAAUCUGUCCAUGUGGAACUUGGCAUCGGUGUCCUGGGCUGGUGAACAGAGCCUGUUGUUCAUCCUGAGCUGCAGUGGGGAUGGCUGGCGAACCACAGAGGUGGCUGUGCCUGCUCCAGGUGCCCUGCUCUUCCACGGCCGUGGAGAAGGUGGUGUGGGUGUGUUUUGGAGGCUUCCUGCAGGGUUCUCCCCUUCAGGAGUUCUGUGCCUAUUGCUCAGCAGAGUGGUGUGUAAAUGUGAUAUGAAUGGAAGGAGCCGUUUGGCAGCAAGAAGRUCUUGGAAGAUCUUCACGAUGGUACUGAAAAGACUUAGAAAAUAAAUAGUCUAUAUCUAUAAACAGAGAAGAUUCUAUUAACAUACCACUUCAUGACUCGUGUUGCCCCUGAAAAUAAAAGAUGCCCAGGCCUUGUGCACAGAGAUGAGCUGUGCUCCAGGAGAGUCCCCCCUCGGUCCCUUUGGCAGCGGCUGCUGUCCCCAGAGCUGUCACGGGACAGGGAGCUGAGGGCAAGGCAUGGAGCUCUGCUGGUGUCUGUGCAGCCCUCGGGUGCUCCUGCACUGCUGCUGCUCACGGGGAGAUCAUCACUGCUGUGGGGAAGAAGAAACAAUCAUGGCUCCGGCUCAGGGAGGGAAUUCCCAGCCUGCAGAGCCUGGUUUGCAAAGCAAUCUGCAAAAGAUACCUCCGUGCCCAGGUACGGAGCCGUGCCCUGCUCACCCGUGGGGAUGAGAUGAGGAGUGCCAGGACUGGGGGCAGCCACGUCCUGCAGCUCCAGGGGAGCUCGUGGUGCCGCAGUGUGGGGACCCCAAAGCUAUUGGGGGUAUGCCGGGGCUCUCCAUCCCUUUCCCUCAUGGAUGCACACGUCCAGGCCCACAUCCCAGUUUGGCAAAGCUCCCAGCUCGGGCCGGGCACUGACCUCUGCUGUCCCUCAGGCCACGUGUCAGUGCCCUGCCGAGUCUGGGCUCGGGGGACCAAAGCCCCYGAGAACCAAAUUCCUCUUUGUUGUGCUUGGAUCCCUUCUGUUCAUGCCCUGCCAUGCAUCCACUGGUAUUUUUGUAAGGACUUCAUUCCGGAUGGGAGGUGCCAGCCUGUGUCAUUCGCAUGUGAACGUUCUCGUGGAGCUGUUGUUAGGUUUCGGUGUUCCUUGCAUGUCCUUUCAGUACUGGUUCCCACCUCUCCUGUGUCGGCGGUGUUCUCUAGCACUCCAAGUCUUAUUGGUUUCCAUUAGGAAAUUAGGAUAAAUUCAUAACAGGUAGGUAGGUCAGUAUGGUAGUAAGUGUAAACUGUGCUGGGAAGUGUCUGUGUAUUAUAAUUUCCUAAAAGACCACUGUAAUGUUUCAAGCAACGGGAAGGAAAAAAAUGUAUGUUGGAGGGACAACAAAGUUUACAUUUCAUACUUUUCAGAAUCGCUUUAUUAUUUAUUUAUUGAAGAUAGUGUAGAAUUUUGUAUCAGAAAUGACAGACAUACUUAUGUAUUUUUUGAAACAAAACAGAGAUACACACUUUAGUUAGAAACUUUCAACUGACCACGUUUUAGAGGGAGUGUGACUUCCUAGGCAUGCAUUUGUUUACCACUAACUGGCUGAAAACACAAUUAAGAGAACUUUAAGUUUCUAUUUUUCAAUGUUGUUAAGAAAAUCGUUUCAAUUAAAAUAUGUAAAUAGUACUAAACCCAUGCUUUCCUAAUUCCAUAUCAAUACAUUUUAUUAAAUAUAAUGUAUAUGAAAAUACACAUUGUUGUGGUAGGAUAAAAAAGUGAUAAAAUCUAUUACUGGAGUACCAUUAAAUGUCAUUGUCUAACCUUUUAUUGCUGUCCUAAUUUUACUCAGUAGCUGCCAACAGGGUGAACACUCUCAGUGUUUCACAAGUAGCAUCACUUUUUUAAUAUUUCYGUUUCACCAGUAUCCAUUACUGGCCACCAGGACAGAAACAUCCUGUGGCUGGAAUGCAGGAGCUUUGGGCAGGGUUUUGGGGGAGCCCCGAGGAGCUGCUCCUACCCGAGGCUCAUCUGGUGCUGCAAGUGGGGUUCCUUCAUACAGGGGUCCCUCUCAGAUUGCAGCCCUUUUCAUGGGUGUGUCUGAAUCCCAGAAUCCCAGAGUGGUCUGGGUUGGAAGGGACCUCAAAGCCUAUCCAGUGCCACCCCUGCCAUGGCAGGGACACCUCCCACUGUCCCAACCUGGCCUUGGGCACUCAAAGGAAUCCUGCCCAGCCUCCCAGGGAACAAUUCUUGCCCAAUAUCCCACAUGUUCUCCUGGAUGGAUCUUCCCCUUGGGCUGGCUCUUGGACUCCACCGUGCUUCCCUUUGGAAAGCAAAUUGUCACUGAUACUGAAACCAAGAGAUGACAUGGAGUCCAAUCAGCCUUGCCACCAGGCUCCUGGCUGGUCAUUGCCCCAUUUCUCUUGGGACAGUCCUUGGUAGGUGUCAUCUUUGUCCUCUGCCUCUUUCUCAGCUCCAUAAUUGUUGGGGAAAUUGGCUUCCAGCCACUCCAGCACCUUUUGAUGGCCCAACACUCUCUGCAGCCCUGGCAGUUUGGGUGAAGAGCUUUGAUCGCUGUCCAUUCCACCGAGCAGAGCCCUCCUUGUUGUGUUCCCAUUGGGAAAGUUCUUCCUCACCAUCUUCCCGUUGGGAGAGCUGUUUGUGGUCAUGGUCAUGUCCUUUCCAUGGAGACAUGGAUUGGACCCUGAAGUCUUCCUGAAAAGAUGGCUCUGUGUGCAUGGGCACCGAACACACGGAGCACAGAGACAGCCGGGACUGGAAAUUGUGUCCGAGCACUUCUGAACGCUCUGGGACAGCGGCCCGAAGGGCUGGGGUCGUCUGCGGCUGCAUCGCCACACGGCUGCCCCAGGACCGGGAUCCCUGAGCAGAUACCGGCACCGGGGGUGCGAUGGGACACGAAACACACGGGGUUCAGUCUCUUUGGGAAAAAGAAAUGAGUUUUUUAGUCUGUUUGGGAGAGAAAAUGACUUUCAAUGGCACUCGUCUGUUGUAUUUGGGGUUCAGAAGGCAUAAUAAACAAUUUUUAAAAAAAUUACGAUUCCAUGUGGUUCAAAAGUCAUAAAGAGGUAGUCAGGAGCAACAU